AAAAAUGGUGAAUAAAGUCACAAAACUAUACCACUUCUAAAUUACCAAUAUAAAUAUUAAACAUAGCUAGUCUCGCUCUCACUCUCUCCAUCACACAUACAUCUUUCCCAUCCAUCCAACGAAGCCUAGUGGCAAACCCGUAAAUAUAUAAUACCAAUGACUAAAGAUUGCGGAAGCCACGGCGGUGGUGGCGGAGGAGGAGCCGGCAGUCGAAUCUGCGGAGCAAUCAUCGGCUUCAUCAUCAUCGUCUUGAUAACAAUCUUUCUCGUUUGGGUAAUCCUCCAACCAACAAAACCAAGAUUCAUCCUCCAAGACACAACCGUCUACGCCUUCAACCUCUCUCAGCCUAACCUCCUCACUUCAAACUUUCAGAUCACAAUAUCUUCACGUAACCCAAACUCCAGAAUUGGAAUCUACUACGACCGUCUUCACGUCUACGUUACUUACCGUAGCCAGCAAAUCACACUACGUACGGCCAUACCUCCGACGUACCAAGGACAUAAAGAAGACAACGUUUGGUCUCCUUUCGUAUACGGCAACGCUGUCCCCAUCGCUCCUUUCAACGCCUUGGCUCUAGGCGAUGAGGAGAACAGAGGGUUAGUCUCGUUGAUUAUACGCGCCGACGGGCGCGUGAGGUGGAAGGUUGGAACUCUUAUCACUGGUAAGUAUCAUCUCCAUGUCCGUUGUCAGGCUUAUAUGAAUCUAGCUGAUAAAGCCGCCGGAAUUCAUGUCGGCGAAACCGCCGUUAAGUACACGAUGGCCAGUAGGUGCAGUGUCAACGUUUAGGGAAAAAGGACACAACCUUGAAGUUUGCUUUUACUAUUUUCUUCUACUUGGAUAAUGUUUUUGCUUCUAUAUCGUUUAAUUCGUCUACCCUUUUGUUUCUGUAUGAUCUUCUCGUAAAUUUAUACUGUCCAUGACACUAUAGUUAUAUACAAUGUUGUUGUUAGAUUUUUAGAAUCUGCCAUUCGCCUAUACUUUCAUGUCACAUAAAACUUUUGGAAUGUGUAUUUUUGUUAGUGGA